UCACUUGUCACCCACCAGCCCCCCAACACCACCUUCCCAGCGCAGAUGAAGGGUGUCGGGCGGCUGAAAAGCCCCCACAGCUGCACAGAGACGCUGCUGUCUCCGCUGUCUGCCGCGCAGGGACGGCUCCGGAGAAACCGGGUCACCGGUAGAGGCAGCAGAAGGCGCCGGGAACAGAGAGGCGUUAACUUCACAACAUGGACACCGAUGCAGAUGGAGGUGGAGGAGAAAGUGCGGUGGAGUACUUCUUUAAGCAAAGAAGAAUACGCUCAAAGGAUGCCCUGGAAAUCGUCUGGUAUCAUGCUGCAAACAGAAAAGCUCGAAUGAAAGAAGCACUGAACAGUGAUGCACAUAUGAUCGAAGCAGAUGUUGUUUUUGGAAGCCAAGGGCCAAUUAUGGCCCAUCCUCCCGAAACUGACAGCGACAACACAUUGCAAAACUGGUUGAAUGAGGUGCUACAGUCAGAUAAAGGCAUCAAGCUGGAUUUUAAGAGUUUAUCAGCGGUGGAACCAGCUAUGAAAAUGUUACUGUCGAUGAAGCACUGUCUCGCCCGUCCGGUCUGGAUCAAUGCGGAUGUGCUUCCUGGACCAGGUGGGAACAGUUCAGAGAGAAUCGCGAGUGAGUUUCUGCAUAUAGUGACCUCACACUUGACAGAUGUAACCCUGUCCCUGGGAUGGACAACGACCUUGCCAGUUGUUCAAAAUCAAGGCUACACCUGGGAGAUGGUGAAGGAGAUGGAGGAGGUUUGUCGGGUGCUGUGCCAACCAGUUACAUUCCCUGUCAGAGCCGCACUGGUUGUACCCUCCUGGCCUCAGCUACGUUGGCUGUUGCAGCAGUCCGAAAGAUACAGUCUGACCAUAUGGACAGCGAGAGAAGAUUCAUACUCCCUCCAGGAUAUGGCUUCUAUCAGAGAGGACUUCGACAAAUCGAGGAUCUACUACGAUCUUUUUGAACCUCAAAUGAGUGAAUUAAUGCAGGCAGUGAAGAAGAAGAUUACAGACCAUGUAUAACAGCAAGUUAACACAAAAUAGACUGCAUUUUUGCAGAAUUUUUAACAUGGUAACAUGGAGUAAGACCUUGAACACAGCACAGGAACAGGUCCUUCAUUGAACCAAUUAAAUUAAUAUGGCUAACUAAACUCCUCUCUUCUACCUACACAAUGUCCAUAUUUUCCCAUUUUCCUCACAUUUGGCUCCAACAUCUGAAGCCCAAGCUCCAGAAUCAGGAAUGAAUGUUAACUGACAACCCAGUACCCUCAGUCUCCACAAACAAUAGAAAAUCUACAGAUGCUAGCAGUCGAUGUUUCAGGCUAAGAACUUUCAUCAGGACUGAUGAAGCCUUGGCCUGAAAUGAUGACUGUUUAUUCUUUUCCAUAGAUACUGCCUGGUCUGCUGAGUUCCUCCAGCAUUUUGUGUGUGACCCUUAGUCUCCGCCUGUUCUCACCAAAGCCUGACCACUCUAACACUGGCUCACUCACACAAUGGCCACUCUCCUUGCACCUUCUUUCUUUUUGUUGUCUCAAAUAGGACUCACUCUGAUGAGACCUAAUAUUAUCAAAUUGCUCCUGCCCUGCAACAAUGCUGCUCACUCACUCGCUAAUUCAAAGAGUAACUCAAAUUCAAAUUGAUGCCAAGUUAGAAAAUAUGUCAGGUACAAGGCAGAUUUCAAGAAGCAUGUUGGAGGAAAUUCCAAAGCUGAAGCACCAACAAGCAAUGGUGUGAUUAAAACCGGAGACACACAAGUGACUGAAAUGAAAAAUCAGAAAGAUUCAAGGGAUUUUGGUGAGAAGAGUACAACAGGAACUAUUAGGACAGCUCUCUACAGUUGAGAGUGUCUUUGAAGAGAAUAGUUAGCCUCACACAUAGAGAAUCCCAGUUGCUGGAGACUCAUCACAGCUGCCUUGCUUUAGAGGAGCGAUGUCAUUAGAUACUGGAGUUUUCUCCCAUUGAUACCCGUGGUCUUCAGUUUGCUGGGGUACUUUCAUGUCAACAGCCAUCCCUCUUAUUCUCAAAUUCAGCGGCUUGGUCCAGGUUUGGAGCAGAUCUAUGAUCAGAUCUGGACAGUGAUCAUUGUGAAAGCUCAAACUGCGUGUCAGUGAGACAACAUUCGUUGAUUAUUCGUUCAUUAUAUUCUGUGUUGUAUGGCACGGGUGAUCAUGAUCAUGAGUACUCUUGUAAAUUUUUCUACAGAAGUGGCUUACCUUUUCCUCUUGGGCUGUGUCUUUGCAAGACGGGUGACCCCAGCCAUUAUCAAUAUUCUUCAGAGAUUGUCUGCCUGGCGUCAGUGGUUGCACAACCGGGACUUGUGAUAUGCACCAGCUGCUCAUACAUCAGUCCACCACCCCCUUCCAUAGCUUCACGUGACCCUAAUCGGAGGGCUAGGCAGGUGCUACACCUUGCCCAAGGGUGACCUGCAGCCUAGCAGAGGCGAGGAGUGCCUUACCUCUCCUUUGGUACAGACCCAACCAGCCAGCUUGAUAGCACUGUCAAAGACCUAACUUAUACUUUAUACUUUAUUGUCGCCAAACAAUUGGUACUAGAACGUACAAUCAUCACAGCGAUAUUUGAUUCUGCGCUUCCCACUCCCUGGAUUACAAAUAUUAAAUAUUAAAAAUAGUAAAAAUUAAUAAAUAUUGAAAUUUAAAUUAUAAAUCAUAAAUAGAAAAAUGGAAAGUAAGGUAGUGCAAAAAAACCGAGAGACAGGUCCGGAUAUUUGGAGGGUACGGCCCAGAUCCGGGUCAGGAUCCGUUCAGCAGUCUUAUCACAGUUGGAAAGAAGCCGUUCCCAAAUCUGGCUGUACGAGUCUUCAAGCUCCUGAGCCUUCUCCCGGAGGGAAGAGGGACGAAAAGUGUGUUGGCUGGGUGGGUCGUGUCCUUGAUUAUCCUGGCAGCACUGCUCCGACAGCGUGCGGUGUGAGGUGUAAAGUGAGUCCACGGACGGAAGAUUGGUUUGUGUGAUGUAACUUCCAUCACUUUGAGAGUAGGGCAAUCAUACACUCGUGAUUGAGAGAAUGAUUGACCCACAAGCAUACUAACAGAAGGUUGGGUUAGCCCAUUUUGUGAACUGAACGUACAGUUUUCCUCACUGUGAGGUAUAAGCCAGCAAUGGUACAGGAACACCUGGGCUGGAUGCACACCCAUACAAGUUACCAGGGUCCUGGGGUCAAUACUGAAGUUCAGACCCAAAGAUUGAUUGGAAGUCCUGAAAACAAAACCUGAAAACUGGGGGCUGGAGUGAGAGGACUGUCUGUGUGUGUGUGUGUGUGUGUGUGUGUGUGUGUGUGUGUGUGUGUGGGGUUGGGUGUGAGGGAGGAAAGGGGCUUCUUUUAUUACAUGUGGUGUUCUGUGUGGAUCUUUCGAGCACUGUGGGCAUGUUGUAUUGGCACUGGAAUGUGUGGCAACGCUUGUGGGCUGCUUCAGCACAUCAUUAGGUUGUGUUGGUUGUCAACGCAAAUGGCAUAUUUUCUGGUGCAUCUUGGUGUUCAUGUGAUAAAUAAAUGAAUCUGCUCACCCACCCUCUCCCAGUUUCUGAUGCUGUGGCCUCUGCAUUCUUCCUGAAAGAUGUCACAUAGAUAAACACUCUGUGACUACUUUAUUAGGUGCAGGAGUGGAAACCAGUGUGGUCUUCUGCUGUUUGGCCCAUCCACUUCAAGGUUCAACACGUUGUGCAUUGAGAGAUGCUCUUCUGCACACCGCUGUUGUAAAGUGAGGUUAAACUAGUGACACCUUCCUGUCAGCUUGAACUAGUCAGGCCUUUCUCCUCUGACCUCUCAUUAACAAGGCAUUUUGCCCACAGAACUGCUGCUCACUGGAUUUGUUUUUGGUUUUUGUACUAUUCUCCGUAAUUUCCAGAGAAGAUAUGCAUGAAUAUCCCAGGAGAUCAGCAGUUUCUGAGAUACUCAAACUACCCUGUCUGGCACCAACAAUCAUUCCAUGGUCAAAGUCACUUGGAUCACAUUUCUUCCCCAUUCUGACGUUUGGUCUGAACAACAACUGAACCUACUGAACAAGUCUGCAUGCUUUUACUACACACAAUUCGCUGGUUACUACUACACAAUUCGCGGGUUAGAUAUCUGCAUUAACAAGCAGAUGUACCUAAUAAAUUGGCCACUCAACAUUAUUCAGUUCAAAUCUGCAGAAGGGCCACAGAGAAAAAAACUGGGAAAAUUUAACUUUUUAUACAAUGCCAAAACACACUUUUAUCUGGUUGAAGUUAUAUUCCUUGUGAGUUGUAAGAAAAUCAUUUGCAAAUUUAUCCAAAGGUGGGUGACACACAUCAAAGUUGCUGGUGAA